AUGUCAUGCACUCAAACUUUGUUCCAAACAACAUCAAAGAUGGCAGCCCUUGCAAGGUCGGGCCAGAUAACAUGUGCUCGUAAGCUGUUCGACGAAAUGCCCCACAGAGAUUCGGUUGCUUGGAAUGCAAUACUUACUAGCUAUACCCACCUUGGUUUUCACCAAGAAGCCCUCUCUCUUUUCCACCAAAUGAGAAUCUCUGACACUGGGCCUGAUCACUUCACCCUCACUGCAACUUUAAGCGCGUGUGCUAGCGCAUGCAAUCUUCGGUGUGGAACCAAAGUUCAUGCUUUAGUAACUGUUUUGGGUUACCAGUCUUACUUACCGGUUAAUAAUUCGCUUAUUGAUAUGUAUGGGAAGUGUUUGGAUCCCUCUAGUGCUAGGAGAGUGUUUGAAGAGAUGAAACUAAGGAAUGAAGUAACUUGGUGUUCUUUUUUAUUUGCGCAAACAAACUCUAGUCAGUUUGAUGUUGCACGUCAUGUGUUUUCUAUGAUGCCGAGAAGGGUGGAGAUAGCUUGGAAUAUUAUGAUUGUGGGUUAUGCACGGUAUGGGGAAGUGGAGUCUUGUUUGGAUUUGUUGAAAGGGAUGAAAGAGAGUUUGUGUCAGCCGGAUCAGUGGACUUUCAGUGCUCUGAUGAAUGCUUGCGCUGAAGCAUUAGAAUUUUGGCAUGGUUGCAUGGUGCAUGCUCUUAUCAUUAAAAGUGGUUGGAGUUCUGCUGCGGAGGUGAAGAACUCAGUUUUAAGUUUCUAUGCUGAACUAGGCUUCCAUGGCAGUGCAGUAAAGAUUUUUGAGUCCACUGGAAUCCUAACACAAGUAUCCUGGAAUGCCAUGAUCGAUGCCUACAUGAAACAUGGGAAUACCCACGAAGCGCUUCUUGUAUUUCAGCAAGCCCCUGAAAAGAAUAUUGUCUCAUGGACAUCUAUCAUCUCAGGGUAUGCAGGAAAUGGACAUGGGGACGAAGCUGCCAAAUUCUUUGUGGAUAUGGUAAGAAGCGGUGUCCAACCAGAUGAUUUCACAUUCGGAGCUGUCCUUUAUGCAUGUUCAAGCUUGGCAGUACUUGGACAUGGUAAAAUGGUCCAUGGUAUCAUACUUCAUUAUGGCUUCCAUGCUUAUGUCUUUAUUGGGAAUGGCUUAGUUAACAUGUAUGCUAAAUGUGGGGAUUUACAAGGGUCAGUCCGUGUGUUCAGUGAUAUUUUACAGAAGGAUCUGGUAUCUUGGAAUGCUAUGUUGUUUGCAUUUGGGUUGCAUGGGCAAGCUAUCCAAGCUCUACAGGUUUUUAAAGAGAUGGUAGAUAAUGGAGUAAAACCAGAUAAUGUGACCUUCAUUGGCCUGUUGAUGACUUGCAGCCAUAACGGGCUUAUAGAGGAAAGUCGCAUGCUUUUUGAAACCAUGGGGUCAGUUUAUGGGAUUUCUCCUGAAAUGGAGCAUGUGGCAUGCAUGGUGGAUAUGCUCGGCAGAAGCGGUUACUUAGCAGAAGCGAAAGAGCUGGUUGAUAAGUAUUCAGAAGUAGGUAGUGCUGAGACCAGCUCAUGUGAAGCUCUACUUGGUGCUUGCUCUGCACAGGGGGAUGUAGGAUUUGGAAGAAAAUUGGGCGAAAGUCUGAAGAUAUUAGAACCGCAUAAAGAGACGAGCUAUGUGUUGCUGUCUAAUUUGUAUUGCGCAAGUGGGCAAUGGAAGGAAGCAGAAAUGGUUAGGGAGAUGAUGGUUGAUCAAGGGGUGAAGAAAAUGCCCGGUUGUAGUUGGAUAGAAGUGAGAAACAAGGUAACAGCUUUUGUAGCUGGGAAGCAUUCUAAUCCAUGUAUGAAUGAGUUAUGUAAUCUAUUACAUUUCAUUAAUUUUGAAAUGAGGAAUCCAUGCUUUGGUGACAUUGAUAAUUGA